AUACUCGAAGAUUAUGAAAAGGAUGAAAAUAGUGAUAGUUCUGUUUACGUUUCAGCGUUAUCAUCAUCGAAUUCAGUAACUAGUAAUAGUGAUUUAAAAAGGCAAAAUUCAAAUACUUCAGUACAAUCAGCAGACUCGGAUCAAAGCGAGGUUAAUUAUGUCCAGUCGUUGAAGAAAUUUGACUCUUCUGAAGUCGUUCGUUAUACAUUAGUUGACAAAGACUUCCCUCGACAUAGUUCCAGUACAUCAUCAAAGUACCACCAAAGGCUUAAUGAAUAUGAUAGCUCAGAACCAACAACCACUUCAAUUAAUAAGUCUUCAGCAAGAUACAGUAUGUCAUCUUCAAACGAUGAAUAUUUUACCGACAGUCAUAACUCUAUCUAUUCACAAUUAGCACCACCACCACCAAGCUAUUCUAAUUUGCCCUUACAACCACGACUUUUGACAGCACCUUAUUAUGUUAGUGAUAGCAGUACAUAUGAGAGUAAAGAGAGUUAUAAAGGCUCUCUUGGAUAUAAAUUUUCAACUAUCAAUAGUAAUUACAGUAGCUUAUAUCAUCAUUAUAAACAGCAUAUGUUUCGAUAUUUUUAUCGUAAUAUUCCUCCUAGUGAAAAAGUGAAGUCUAUAACAAAUGUCUCUUUCAGUAGUGGAUUUGAAGAGAAUAGUAAUAUAGAAAAGAACCAACCAAUCUAUAUGGAUUCUCCUCCUCCAUUUUUUGAAGUAAAUAAUACGAAAGAUAAUACAAAAUUAAAGAAAAAAUGGAGACCUUAUUUCACAUUUUUAACGACACUUAUUAUGCUUGCUUAUUUUGCAGCAUGUCUUGUAAAAAAUUAUCAAUUUUCUGGUCAUGUCCUACAAUUAUCGCCAUUUAAUAUUAUGAUAGGGCCAUCGGCACAAACUUUGAUUUAUACCGGAGCAAGAUAUUCUCCAUGUAUCAGAGCUUCAUACUUAUACCCAGUUACUAAAAAUAUUUAUCAAUGUCCAAACAGAAAAGUUAAUAAGACGGUGACGCCUCCAAUCUUUAAUGAUCAGACCUCAUUUCAAUACCCACUUUAUAGUAAGAAUAUGUCGGCUAUUCUAUCCAGUAAACAACAUUGUGACCUCCAACAAGUUUGUGGAGGUACACGAUUUCUAAAUUCUAGCAAACCGGAUCAAGGAUAUCGUUUCAUCAGUGCUCUUUUUAUGCAUUCUGGUAUUGUCCAACUCCUUAUAAAUCUAAUAAUUCAUAUUAAAGUUGGUAUCAAAGUUGAGAAACAAAUUCAUCCUGUAAAAUAUGGGAUAAUUUGGUUGACUUCUGGUGUAUUUGGAUACAUUUUUGGCUCUCUUUUUAUUCCAGAAAGUAAUGUUAAUGUGGGCUGCUCUGUUUCUCUUAUGGGCAUAAUGGCCUUUCUUUACGUUGAUCUUAUUCGAAACUGGCAGCGUAUCAUUAAACCCUGGAAAGUCUUGAUGAAUAUUAUGAUUUAUUUUGUCAUAGCUUUAGUAGUUGGGAUGCUUCCUGGAUAUGAUAAUUAUGCUCACAUUGGAGGUUUUAUUGGAGGCAUUAUGAUUACACUUGUUUUUAUGCCAAUGGCUACAUUACCUAAAUAUCAAAUAGGAAGACAAAUAUUUAUGGAAAAUGCUAUGCAUAUUUGGUUACUACGAAUUAUGGUUAUUGCAUUUAUGGCAGUAUUGUUGUGGAUAUUGAUAAAUAUAUUUAUUAAAAACGGUAGUAGAGAGACUUGCAUUUUGUGUCAAUAUUUCUCGUGUUUACCUAUUUCUGAUCUAUGCCAUUAUUACAACUAA